GGUUCGUGUUCGGUUUUUGAUAAUGUUGUGGAUGUGAACGUAAUUUGCCAAAAUGCACGCGUUGUUCGGUGAACAAAGCCCAUAUGCGUACCGCGGAGGCGCGACUGGCGGCUACUCCGCGGGUGUGACGCCUUACGCAUAUGAACAAUAUCGUUACGGUUACGGUGCUCCUUACCUGCACCCGCAUCAGCAACACGUCGGGACACCUAAAGACAUGGUCAAACCCCCAUACUCAUACAUAGCUCUGAUCGCUAUGGCUAUUCAAAACGCCCCUGAUCGGCGGAUCACUCUGAAUGGAAUAUACCAAUUUAUAAUGGAACGAUUUCCAUACUACAGAGAAAAUAAGCAAGGUUGGCAAAAUUCAAUCCGACACAAUCUGAGUCUCAAUGAAUGUUUCGUCAAAGUGGCGAGAGAUGAUAAAAAGCCUGGUAAAGGUAGUUAUUGGACUUUGGAUCCUGAUUCUUACAACAUGUUCGAUAACGGAUCAUACUUGCGACGGCGGCGUCGUUUUAAGAAAAAGGACGCUCUAAAGGAGAAAGAGGAAGCGCUAAAGCGACAGCAACAGCUUCAGCAGGCACAGGAAGCCCUUGCUGCACAAGAGGCGCUCAGUGCGGCAGAUGCUCUCGGUCAGCAAAGGGAUAUUAAACCCGACGUUAAACCGCGAAUUUUUGAAUGUAGACCUAAACGUGAACCUGGCGCAGAUUGUGCACGAUUUGAGAAACCUAACGACGCGCUUGAUGAGUUCAGCGAACCUCGGUUGCCUCCUUCCGCUGUGUACUGUUCACCGCAACCCUACUCACUAGCUGCAGAAGAAUUUCGAGCAGCUACUUCAGGGUGGUACGCAGCCCCCGAGCCACCUGCUGAACAGCUUCCGCCAGCUUUCAGAGAUCUCUUCGAACCACCGAGCUGUCAACUAGCGGGUUUCCGCAGCGGUUCACCGGUGCCUGACGCUUAUCGCGCCUCUCCACCUCCGCACCACCACUACCGUACACCCGCUCCGUCGUACUACCACCACCAGGCCUGCGUCGCAGCUGCUCCCGCACCCGCUCACAAGUCCUACUGAGAUUUCGCCCUCAGGUAAUAACGGUGGACACAGCGGGAGGUCGACAACGAAGAGAUGAUUUCACAAUGCCUAUUGAAAAAUAUGCAAUCGAGUGAAAAUGAACGAUAUAUUGUUUAGAUUCGAUCGACUAAGCUUCCUGUAAGGAAUCCUUUCACGAAGCUUAUAAUUAGUGCCAGAAGACAUAUUAAUUUGUAUAUCUGUUGAUGAGGUGGAUGUUAGAUAAAUUUGAAUUAUAAACGAAAUAAAUUGUUUUAAAUUUAUGCGAGGUAGUUGUGCGUUUUUGAUUAUAUCUUGAGAUAUCUUGUAUGACUCUACAUGUAGCGAUUGUAACGUUUGAAAUUUAGAUAAUUGUAAAUGUAUAUAUAAAAAAACUAUUAUAUUCUUAAUAAUUUAAGGUAGCAGUGUAGUUAUUAAAUAGUUUAAUUACUUUUUCUAGUCUUUUCGGUUGGAUGUAUGUAAUAUAGUAUGAAUCUUUUCGGGUAGGUACUUCUUUUAGUGUACAGUUCCUUUUAAUAUUAUAAUUACU